GUGCUGUUUGAGAUCAUCUGAGACUGCUACCCUCGGCCCCCGGCGCUGACGCUUGCUUCACCCCACGACCAGCAUCAGCGAGCGGCAGCUGCAGCGGCCGGAAUGCUUAGAGCUACGCUCACAGCCGCGUCCCGACGGUCAGGGGAGACGCUGGCUGCCGCCUGCCGAGGCACGCUGGGCCCCGCCGCCUGCGCCUGGGCACUGACCGGCGGCACUGCGGCAGCAGCAGCGGCAGACACAGACAGCAGAGGCAGCAGGUCGUAUGCGCACAGCAGCCGCCGGAGUUUAUCUGGCAGCCAGUGGGAGGUGCUGCGGAACCAGGGCUUUGCGGUUAACCCCUGCAACAGCAAGCUGCACCCGUCGGUGACGGAGGCGGGGAUAGAGCCGGAGAGUGAGGAGGAACUGUCGGUGCAGGAGGCUUACACCCCGGAGAGCACGUGCUGGGGAUGUGGCCCCGUGGCCAAGGACGGCCUGUUCCUGCGCAGCUACCGCAUCCCCGGUGGGUUGGAAGCUACCGCGCAGCUGGACCCCAAGUACUGCGCCUUCCCUGGCAUCAUCAACGGCGGCGUGGUGAGCGCGCUGUUUGACUGCCACGGCAACUGGACCGCCGCCAUCGCGCUGAUGGACAAGGCCGCGCUGCCCAAGCCACCGCUCACACUGACGUAUGAGAUGCUGGCCACCUUCAAGGAGGCCACCCCGCCCGACGAGCCCCUUAUCCUGCGCAGCCAGAUUGUGCGCAUCAAGGAGAGCGAGAGCCCCGGCAGCAAGGCCACCGUGCAGGUGGACAUGAACCUGUACCACUCACUGGGCGGCCACGAGAAGCUGCUGGCCUCCGCCACGGGCAUCUUCAAAAAGCUGGGCGCGCUGCGUGCGCUGUGAGGUGCUGACCUGGCGCCACCACCUCAGCGGCGGCAAGCAGCAGCAACCCAGCCCCGCAGCAGUCACCUUUACAUGUCCCUGCUAGCAAACCCUGCCAGCCCCAACGAAUGAUGGAGGCACGAUUCUCAUGCCCUGCUUCCCGCAGCCACCUGCGCCUGAAGGCGCAGGGGCGGGCCUCCUGCCCCAGGCGGCCACCGCGCUGUUUGCGCCUGUACUCUCCUCCUUUUCUUCUUCUUCCUCUCUGCUCAGCCUGCCGGUGCUGCCAUCCCCUCCUGCCAGCGUCGUUCACUCCCCAGAUGCAGAAUUCUCACUCCAUACCUCAAAAUCCCUUGCAC